UUCCUUAACACUGAGCGCGGCCGCUGCUCUGUUGAUGCAGUAGAGCGGAAAAAGGCUUCACUUUCUCGUGCGUUUCAUUUGUAAAAGGAGCUUGCAACCAGGUUUGAGUGUAUUUAUGUUAUCGGUGACCUCAUCACCUGAUGCUACUUCCUGUCUCUGUUGUCACGGCGACCGCGAGAGCCUCGGAUCACAGGACACACGGCCAGUGAAGAGGCCUGAUGUCUGCUUCCAGUCCCGACUGCCGCUGAAGUACGUGCUGCUUAACACCUCGUGCCGCUCAAGUGUCCCCUUAAAAGAGUCCCAGACAUGGAGGAGGAGAGCAGGGUGAAUGGCUCUGGACGGAACCCAGAGAGGAGGGGUUCGGACUGGGGUCGCAUUACCCUGCUGGACAAGACCAAGGAGUUCUUCCAGACCUGCGACGUGGAGGGCAAAGGCUUCAUUACCCGCACCGAUAUGAGGAGGCUCCACAGAGAGCUGCCUCUGUCUGCCGAGGAGCUGGAGGACGUGUUCGACUCUCUGGAUACAGACCGCAGUGGUUACCUCACACUGGAGGCAUUCUCCUCUGGAUUCAGUCAGUUCCUGCACGGCCGAAGGAUCUCUGUCACCGAUGAGCAAAAUCAGGCCCCCAACCCUAUGUUUAGGGCCAAGGAGGCCCUUUACCAGAGCCAGUGGGAGGCCAAGCUGUCAGGAGGUGAAGACGAGGAGGAGAGGCACUUCUGUAUGCUGCUGGAAAGCCUGGGAGCCAGUAAUGUGUUUGAGGAUCCAGGCGAGGUGCGCAGUCUUUGGGCCCAGCUCCGACGGGAUGAGCCCCACCUCCUGUCCAAUUUUGAGGAGUUCCUGGCCAGGGUCACCCACCAAAUAAAAGAGGCCCACCAGGAAAAGAAGGAGAUGGAGAGCGCCCUCCAGAGGAAGGCUGCAACACAUGACGAUGAGAUCCGUCAUUUAUAUGAAGAGAUGGAGGCACAGAUCAAAAAUGAGAAAGACAGGCUGCUACUAAAGGACUCUGAGCGUCUUCAGCUGCGCAGCCAGGACCUGGAGCACCAGCUGUUUUCAAAGGAGAGAGAGCUGGAGCAGCUUUUCCAGAAACAGAAAGGGUUAGAGCUCCAGUGCAGCGAGCUGAGCAGCGAGAAGCAGGAGAGCCACGUGGAGAACGUCAAGCUGAAGAUGACCAACGACGAGCUGUCCCGAGCGCUGGAGAGCACCAGCCAGGAUCUGGCACUGGCCCAGGAACAGCUGGCCAUGCUGCAGGAGCAGGCCGCCCGGCUGCACCAGGAGAAAGAGAUGGAAAUGUACAGAGUAACCGAGGGACUGCAGAGAGAAAAGCAAAGUCUCAUGAAGCAGCUGGACCUCCUCAGAGAGAUGAACAAACAUCUAAAGGAUGAGCGAGACAUAUGCUUCGGUGUACCUCGAACGUCACUCAGAAAGAAGCAGAAGCAGAGAGCGGGCCUCGCCAACUUAUAUGAUGACUCCAGCCAGCCGGCAAAAAGUGAGGAUGAUGCCACCACCACUACCUCCUCCGCCACCACCACCAUUAGCGCCCCUGCGUGUCAGCAACCCCCUGCGGCGAAGAAGAACUCCGGUUUAGCCAACGGCUGCGCCAACCCUGCUCCGCCCAAAGUGCACGAUGUGAAGGCAAAGGCCAAAAAGGCCCCCAGCAAGAUGGCUGCCGCUAGGAGGGUGACGGCGAAAGACAGAGAAAGAGGGAAGAAAGUGGAAGUUGAGAAGAAAACAGGGGUAGAAGAGGAGGUGCUGGACGCCCCUCCUGAUGGGUGGCCCCUCCGUCGAGUCAUCUCCAUCGAGGAGGAUCACCUACCCCACCUGCUCCAAGGCGGGCCCCAGCCCUUGAUGCACCAGCUCAGUGAGGAGGAAGACGAGGAGGACGAGGAGGAGGAAGACGACGCACAGAGCGACAUCGACUCUAGUGUUGUCAUGGCAGCAGACCUCUCUGCCACCCCAACCUCCAGUCACGUUCCAGUGUCGGCAGAAGCUCCACCGGCGAGGAAAUCCCGCCUUGCCCAAACAAAAAAAACGCCCACGUCCUCAAGAGGGCAGCCUGUCGGGAGGGAGACUCAGCACAAGACAAACGAAGGAGCACUGUUUGCCCCGGACCGCCUGUUUAAGGUGGUCCUGGUCGGGAACUCCAGCGUAGGCAAGACAUCCCUGCUGCGUUCCUUCUGUGAGGGCCGUUUCCACCCUUCCACCACUGCUACUGUGGGUAUUGACUACAGUGUGAAGACAUUAACCCUGGACAACAUGCAGGUAGCCAUGCAGCUUUGGGACACAGCGGGUCAAGAGAGGUACUGCAGCAUAACCAAGCAGUUCUUUCGCAAAGCCGACGGUGUGGUGGUGAUGUACGACGUCACAGUGGAGGAGAGCUUCAAGGCCGUGCAACCCUGGCUCACCAAUGUCCAGGAAGCUGCAGGAGAAGGGAUCCCCAUCCUCCUCCUUGGCAACAAAAUGGACAUGGAGGGAGACAGGGAGGUGACAUUUAAAGAGGCUGAGCAACUGGCUAAUGAAAAAAAGGUGAUGUUCUUUGAAGUCAGCGCCUACACAGGCAAGAAUGUGCCACGGUCCCUGACGCACCUGGCCAGGGUGCUAAUGGAGCAGGAGGACAGGGUGAGAGACACAACAGUCAUCCUUAGUGCUCAGCCCAUAAAGAAGAAAGCCUGUUGCAAGUGAAGACACACUGACCAAAAAGAAAAAGCUAAAACUUCGGAAGAAAACUACUUUUGAUCACUUUUGGACAUUUGAUUUUCAGUGUUUGAAGACAACAGUGAAAUCAGUACUGGACUUGUGUAAAGACCUUAAUAUAGAUUGAAAUCCUGUCUUCACUUUGGACCAGAGAUGCAGAGCACGUUGAAGUCGACAUGAAGGAUGGUGUCGCUCAUGCGAUCGAACUGCUGUCAAGCUUAAAAGAUGAAGUUCAGCUGAUGAGCUUAUCUAAAGUGGAAAUAAAGUGCUGCACCAUUUCCUGUAAAUAACACUGUGUUGCCAAAUCACAGUAGUGCUGUCUAUAAGAUUUAAAGUAAAAACAUAUGCUGUAAUAAGAACCUUCACCCAAAAAUCAUAAAUAUAUUCCAGGCUUUUCUUAACGGAAUGUUAGUUUUAAAGUCUUAAUUUCUCUGUAUUUCUCUGUAUCCGGUGUAGUAAAUGUUAUUUAGUUAUAUUUUGUUGAAACUAAAACUGAAAUAAAUUAUUUGCAAUUCAUGAAAAUAGUAGCUCUAAAUGAAAAUCAUGUAAGAAAAAUCGAACUCGAUUCUUUGACAUUUUAUUCAUCAUCACUUUCGUUUUUCAUAUU